GAGCGCAGGUUCUACGUCACAUAAAUCAGUUGCGCACGCAUCAGCGAGGAAGUAACCUCGAAACUGCUGCUGCUGAAAAUGUUUACAUUCAGUUUGACGCUCGUACGGCAUGGAGAAACACAGUACAACAGGGACAAGCUUCUGCAAGGACAAGGUGUGGACACGUCCUUAUCAGAGACAGGUGUGCAGCAGGGUGAGGCCGUGGGAAGAUACCUCAAAGGAAUCCCGUUCAACCACGUGUUCGUUAGUAACCUCCAACGAGCAGUACAGACGGCUGAACUCAUUCUGAGCAACAACACUCACUGCUCUGGCAUGGAGAUGGUUUUGGAGCCGUUACUCAGAGAGAGGGGUUUUGGUGUUUGUGAAGGUCAUCCUAAAGAAGACCUGAAGAACAUGGCCAACGCCUCUGGUCAGUCGUGUCGUGAUUUCACACCUCCCGGGGGAGAGACUUUGGACCAGGUGAGGCUGCGGUUCAAAAAGUUCCUCAAAGUCCUUUUCAAAGGAUUGUUGGAGGAGCACGGCUGGUCCCAACCAGACGCUUCUGCGGGAUUAUCAGAAGCCGCAAACGGGACCUCGGCCGCCGCCGCCUCCUCGGACACUGCCCCCGCCGGUUCUGCAGACGACGGCCUCCGGGGAGUGUCGGUCCACGCCCUGGUCGUGAGUCACGGCGCUUACAUCCGAGUAGCCAACAAACACCUGGUGGAGGACUUGGACAGCUCUCUGCCCGCGGGGGUGAGGAUGUCCCAGCUGUUCGCACCCUGUCCAAACACGGGAAUCGCCCGUUUCCUCGUCACCUUGAGCAAGUCUGAGUCCGGCUCUCCCGUCCUCACCGCUGUUCGCUGCGUCUUCACGAACAGGAAGAGUCACCUGGACGACCUCCAAGCUGCUGAAUAAUGUCGAGGGG